AAGUACAUUUAUUGGCUAUAUAACGUUGCAGAACAUCAAGUUUUGCACUCACAACAAACCAAAAAACAGAGCUAGCUAGCAAGACUAAAAUGGCAGAAACUGCAGUGUCCUUGGCAGGUCAGCAGGCGCUUCCAAAAAUAUUGGAAGCUGUUAAAAUGUUGAGAGAUCUCCCAAAAGAAGUUAGAGACAUUACAGAUGAACUUGAAAACUUUCAAGAUUUCAUCAAUGAUGCUGAUAAAGUGGCUGAAGCUGAAGAAGAUGAUGGAAGGCGUCAUAGAAUAAAAGAAAGGGUGAUGCGGCUGAGAGAAGCAGCUUUUCGCAUGGAAGAUGUCAUCGAUGAAUAUGAAUAUAACAUCUCCUGUGAGGAUAAGCAACCUGAUGAUCCUCGAUGGGCAGCUUUACUAGGUGAGGCUGUUGCCUUCAUCAAAACUCAAAUCCUUCUCCUUCAAAGUGCGUAUAAGAUUCAGGAUGUUAAAUCCCUUGUUCGUGCUGAAAGAGAUGGUUUCCAAAGCCAUUUUCCUUUAGAGCAAAGACAAACCAGUUCUAGAGGAAAUCAAGAUAUCACAUGGCAGAAACUUAGAAGGGAUCCUCUCUUUAUUGAGGAAGAUGAGGUUGUGGGGCUUGAUGGCCCUAGAGGUAUAUUGAAAAAUUGGUUGACAAAGGGAAGAGAAAAACGCACUGUCAUCUCUGUGGUGGGAAUUGCAGGGGUGGGAAAAACCACUCUUGCCAAGCAAGUUUAUGACCAGGUGCGUAACAAUUUCGAGUGCCAUGCGUUGAUCACAGUUUCUCAAUCCUUCUCUGCUGAAGGAUUGCUGAGGCAUAUGUUGAAUGAGCUUUGCAAAGAAAAAAAGGAGGACCCUCCCAAGGAUGUUUCUACCAUCGAAUCGUUGACAGAAGAAGUCAGAAACCGCUUGCGCAACAAGAGGUAUGUUGUCUUGUUUGAUGACGUAUGGAAUGAAAAAUUUUGGGAUCACAUUGAAUCUGCUGUAAUUGAUAAUAAAAAUGGAAGUAGGAUAUUAAUCACAACCAGGGAUGAGAAGGUUGCAGAAUAUUGUAGGAAAUCAUCAUUUGUUGAGGUGCAUAAGCUAGAAAAACCUUUAACUGAAGAAGAAUCUUUGAAAUUGUUCUGUAAGAAGGCAUUUCAGUAUAGUUCCGAUGGAGAUUGUCCAGAAGAACUUAAAGAUAUAUCUCUUGAAAUUGUUAGAAAGUGUAAAGGUUUACCUCUAGCAAUAGUGGCCAUUGGUGGUCUUUUGUCUCAAAAAGAUGAAAGUGCACCUGAAUGGGGACAGUUUAGUCGAGAUCUAAGUUUAGACUUGGAGAGGAAUUCUGAGUUAAAUAGUAUAACAAAAAUUUUAGGUUUAAGUUAUGAUGAUUUGCCGAUCAAUCUCAGAUCAUGUUUACUGAAUUUCGGAAUGUAUCCGGAGGACUAUGAAGUUACAUCUGAUAGAUUGAUUAGACAGUGGAUAGCUGAAGGGUUUGUCAAACAUGAAACCGGAAAAACAUUGGAAGAAGUUGGGCAACAAUAUUUAUCAGGGUUGGUCCGUAGAAGUUUGGUGCAAGUAUCCUCAUUUAGAAUUGAUGGCAAAGUUAAAAGGUGUCAUGUUCAUGACUUAAUACACGACAUGAUCCUUAGAAAAGUCAAGGAUACAGGAUUUUGUCAGUAUAUUGACGGGCCUGAUCAAUCUGUAUCAAGUAAGAUUGUUCGACGCCUGACAAUUGCAACCGAUGAUUUUAGUGGAAGUAUAGGAAGCUCACCCAUUCGGUCAAUUCUUAUCAUGACAGGAAAGUAUGAAAAAUUAUCUCAAGACUUGGUAAACAAAUUCCCUACAAAUUACAUGGUACUGAAGGUACUUGAUUUUGAAGGUUCUGGUUUACGUUAUGUUCCUGAAAAUUUGGGGAAUUUAUGCUACUUGAAGUAUUUAAGCUUCCGGUAUACAUGGAUAACAAGUCUACCAAAAUCCAUUGGCAAGCUCCAGAAUUUGGAGACCUUGGAUAUAAGAGACACAAGGGUGUCUAAGAUGCCAGAGGAGAUUCGUAAGCUUACUAAGCUACGUCAGCUUCUGUCUUAUUAUACGGGUUUAAUUCAAUGGAAGGAUAUUGGAGGCAUGACAUCCCUACAAGAGAUACCUCCAGUGAUUAUAGAUGAUGAUGGAGUGGUCAUUGGAGAGGUAGGAAAGCUAAAGCAGUUAAGGGAACUGUUGGUGGUAAAAUUUAGGGGAAAACACGAAAAGACUUUGUGUUCCGUAAUAAAUGAGAUGCCACUCUUGGAGAAACUACAUAUUUAUACAGCUGAUUGGAGUGAAGUAAUUGACUUGUACAUUACGUCACCUAUGUCUACACUUAGGCAGCUUGUCCUAUGGGGGACGUUAACAAGGUUGCCAAAUUGGAUUUUACAGUUCCCAAAUCUUGUGCAACUGUCUUUGGUGGGCUCCAAGUUGACUAAUGAUGCAUUCAAUUCACUAAAAAAUAUGCCAAGGUUGUUGUUCCUGGAUUUAAGUUACAAUGCUUAUGAAGGUGAAACUUUGAAUUUUCAAGGUGGAGGGUUUCAGAAACUAAAGCGACUGCAACUCAGAUAUUUGGAUCAAUUGAAGUGCAUCCUUAUCGACAGAGGAGCACUGUGUUCUGUGGAAGAAAUUGUUUUACAAGACCUCUCCCAACUCAAAACAGUUCCCUCGGGAAUUCAACACUUGGAGAAGCUUAAAGAUCUCUAUAUCAACUACAUGCCAACUGAAUUGGUGCAGCGCAUUGCUCCUGAUGGAGGAGAAGACCACUGGAUCAUCCAAGAUUUGCCCCAUGUACGUAUUUGGAGCAGGGGUGCUGAAGAACCUUCGCAUAUAUUCGGCAGAAGUCAUCACUAAGAUGCGUCCAAAUUUGAAAAUUGAAGGAAAGCACUGAGGGAAGAUUGUAAGAGGUGUUCCAAAUUCAAUGUUUCCGACGUUCCAAUCAUGUGGUUUUUUGAGUGUUAAUUAUUACGUCCAUUUUAGCGUUAUUAACACCAACACAAUAUGAAGAAGCUAAAAAUAGUGUUCCUACAAAGACAGACAAUUUUUGACAACGGGAAAACUCAAGAUUCCCUCAAGUUCUUUCUUUUCCAGCUUGUGAAAUGGUGGAUGCAUGAGUGGAUUUGAGGCAUCAAAUUGAUUUUUUAAGCUUCCUUCUUCUCUUUCUCUUGUUUCCCUUUUUUUCUAAAAUGUGUACUCAAAUUUUUGUUAACUUGAUGUAAUUUGAAUUCUUAUCUAUAAUUCAAGUUCAUUUCUUUUAAAUUGAUU